AGUCAAUGAAUGUCAGUGGUUUCAUAUGAUCCAUAGGAGCUAUAAAAUUAGAUUUCGAUGUCUAAUUAAUAAAAAAUAGUAUUGCGCUAAGUUAAAAUAUGCUGAAUAAGUUGCGAUGACUUCUCAAUAUAAGAAAUUCACUAGACUUAUAGCUAAAUGGCCCGUCGACCCAACUAAAGGCGAAAGAGACCUCGGAAAAUUCAUCAGGGAUAAAGUAAAAGCUGCAUUUGAGUCAUCAGAGAGACAGAACUUAAAUUCGGAGCUCUGUAAAAGUCAGUACAACUCCUUGAACAAAAUAGCCGAAAACCAUUACAGAAAUAAAUACAAACGAACGCACAAUAGCACAGCUACAGGUCUGAGCACUGAAGAGUGCAACGUAAUCCUAUCAAACGAAGUUCUCGAAUAUUUGAAAGAAGAAAAUAAAGGAUUCUUCAGCAAAAUAUUUGGUAGAGACAAACUGUCCACAGAACAAGUCCAAUACAGAGACCAUACACCAGUAAUGUUAAAUGAGUCCAUAAAACACCUAAAUCCACAAAACAAUGACCUUAUUAUUGAUAUGACAUUUGGAGCUGGUGGACACUCAAGGAAAAUUCUUGAAGCUGCUGACUGUAGGCUUAUAACACUAGACAGAGACCCUGUAGCAUAUGAAAAAGCUCAAAAACUAGCUGAAGAAUAUCCAAAUAGAGUGAUACCAUUAUUAGGAAGAUUCAGUGAGCUCCCAGCUCUUUUAAAAGCCAAAGAUAUAAAGCAGUCUUCUAUAGAUGGUAUGCUCUUUGAUUUUGGAUGUUCAUCAAUGCAAUUAGAUGUAGGCGAGAGAGGGUUUUCUAUCAGCAAAAAUGGUUACUUAGACAUGAGAAUGGAUGCUGGCAGAGAUCCAAAUCAAAUAACAGCAAGAGAAGUCUUAGCAACUGCAAAUGAGCAUGAACUGUACAAAAUAUUCAAAAUAUAUGGAGAAGAAAAACAAGCAGCAAAAAUAGCUCAGACUAUUAUACAAGCUAGGUACAUGAUCAAAAAUAUUGAGACCACUGAAGAAUUAGUAGAGCUUGUCAACUCUUGCUGUCCAGAAGAAAAAAGGUUGGACAAACUACAGAGGCCGCAGUCCAAUGCUACAAAAGUGUUCCAAGCUUUACGUAUAUUUGUGAAUAAUGAACUUAACGAAAUGAAUUACGGAAUGUUGCUAGCUAAAUAUUACUUGAAAAUCAAUGGGAAAUUGGUGACAAUAUGCUUUCAUUCGUUAGAAGAUACCAUAGUUAAGCGGCAUAUAGCAGGAAAUAUAAUUAACGAGAUGGCAAACCCAGUUCCAUUAAAGUAUUUGAAUCCUAGCAUAGUGCAGAAUCAGGAUAUCAUAGACCAGUUUUUGAAUUCUCCUUGGAAAGCUGUUAACAAGCAUGUAGAGGUACCAAGUGAUGAGGAAGUGGAAAGGAAUCCUAGGAGCCGUAGUGCUAGGCUCCGUGCUGCUAUCAAAGUCAAAUAAUAUUUUAGUAUCAAGUCUUUGACAGGCUUUCAUUAAAAUGUAUAGAUUAGUGAAGUAGAUUGUAAAUA